GUUUUGCAACACUAACCAUAAUUAACGAUAAUUUACAAAUGAUAAUCAAUCCACCCAAAAAAAAAACAUGGUUACUACACAUUUACUGUAGCAAAACCAGCUUUAACUGCAGUGCAAAAAAGCCUUUAGAGGGGGUUUCAGGUUUGGAAACCAACUAUUCAAACUUAAAAAACAUUGAACGCCAGCAAACCAGUUGUUCUGGGUGUGUCAGCAUCAGUGUGAUUCACACGCAUGCCGAGGAUCCUUCCUCCACCCCAACUGCAGGAGACAAGAUGAGGGGUGUGGCGCAUCUCUGACAGGACACGAGCCUCUUCACUCUCACACAGAGUCGCUUCACUCCUGAAUCACUGAGAGAGAGACACUGACAAUCACAUGGAUAUCUCUAAUCAGGGCAUCAGUCCGCGCGGCUCCCGCUCUGAGCUGUGUUUGGUGUUGGUCGGCAGCAUCGGCUGUGGAAAGACCCUGACGGCGGACACACUCCUGCGUCAGACUUCGGAUCUGGGAUCGCCGGCCUCUCCCCGUGUGAGCCAGAUCCGGCGAGGGCUUUCGGAGGGCCGGCGGCUGUGUGUCGUGGAAACCCCUCGCUGGUACUGGCGGGGCAAGGAGUUGGAGGCCGACAUUCAGAAGGAGACCCGGCGUUCCCUCCGCUUGUGUGCCUCCGGGCCCUUCGUCUUCCUCUUCCUUAUUCCCAUCGGGGAGUUCACGGAGAUGGAGCGGUGCAUCCCGGAUCAGCUGGAGCACAUGUUUGGGCAAGCGGUGCUGGGUCACACGCUGGUGCUGCUCACCUGUGGAGAAUACCUGAUGGACCGCAGUCUGGACGAGUACCUGAACAAGGAGGAGGGGCUUCGGGAGGUGGUGAGGAGGUGCCGAGGACAGUGUCAUGUGAUCAGAAACCGCAGAUCUGACGACAGACAGCAAGUCGUCUCUCUACUGGAGAAGGUGGAGCAGAUGGUGCAGAGGAACGGAGGAUUUCACCUGCUCGAGGAAGAGGAGGAGAAAACGGAGAUGAAGCUCAGUGCAGCGAGAGACACGAUGUGGAACGGAGGAAAACUAACACAAAUCAACAAAUCUGACAAACAAACAGAGGAAACCGCGAGUGAUGGAGUGAUCGAGAGACACCUGAUCAAUGGGGUUCAGUCACAGCAGCGAGAGGAUGAACACACACACCGCACACAUGCACUUCUGGAGAGAAGCCCGAGCUACAAACUCAACAAAGAGGGCGCUCUUCUCAGUCAGAUGAUGGAGGAGGCGGAGCUUCAGCACAGCCAGAGCUUCAUCAACACUAUCCAUCACAGUUUCCAGAAGGUCUCGCAGACUCACUCUCCGCUGUCGUCCUCGGACCGUCUGGACUCUUCUCUGGCCGAGCUGAGGAUGGUUCUGCUGGGCCGUCGUGGUUCUGGGAAGAGUGCGGCCGGGAACAUCAUUCUGGGCCGAGAGGAGUUCGAGCUUCAUGGAGAGGAUCAUGUCGGAGCGGCGCAUCAGGAGUGUGUGAAGGCCAGAGCGCUCGUGGGCGACACGCGGGUCAGUGCCACAAAAUCAGGACAGAAGUGUGUGACAGUGGACGAAAGAGACGGAUUAAAACACCAGGUGUAA